UCUGAGGAUGCUCCGCUGAACUGGGAGGGAAUACAUUCGCUGUGAGUUUGCAUUGAGAGCUCAGCCAUUAUCAGCUGUGCACUGGCAACAGCUACUCCUUUGCAGAAUCAUUCUCCACACCCGGUGCUUGUUGACUCUUCUCCUGUCUCAGCUGCAGCCAUGAAUUAUUUGCGCCGGCGCCUCUCGGACAGCACGUUCAUCUCCAACCUGCCCAAUGGCUACAUGACAGACCUCCAGAGGCCUGACAAUGCUCAGGCUCCUCCACCUGCCUCCACCACCCCUGCCAAGUCUCCCACAACCGGGCCUACACCUCCAGCUACUUCCCCAGCUCCAGAGAGGAAACCCCAGUCGUCUCAGUCCACCGGAGCGGGCUUCUUCAGCUCCAUCACCAACGUUGUUAAACAGACAGCUGCCUCAGCAGGGCUAGUGGAGCAGACCCAAGUCACGACACCCAAGAAGUUCAAGAUUCUCCUGGUGAUUGACGAACCACAGCAGGAGUGGGCAAAAUUAUUCCGGGGGAAGAAACUACACGGGGAUUAUGACAUCAAAGUGGAGCAGGCUGAAUUCAAUGAGAUCAACGUUGUGGCUCAUGCUAAUGGCACCUGCAACGUGAACAUGCAGGUCCUCCGAAAUGGUACCAAGGUUAUCAGGUCAUUCAAGCCUGACUUUGUCCUCAUUCGUCAACACGCCUUCAGUAUGACCCAGAAUGAAGAUUUUCGCAACCUGAUCAUCGGUCUGCAGUAUGGAGGUGUCCCAUGCAUCAACUCACUGGAAUCCAUCUACAACCUGUGUGACAAGCCAUGGGCGUUUGCCCAACUUAUCAACACCCACAGGAAGCUGGGUGCUGAGAAGUUUCCUCUGAUUGAGCAGACCUUUUACCCAAACUACAAGGAGAUGGUAAGCAUGCCGUCCUUCCCUGUUGUUGUGAAGAUUGGGCAUGCCCACUCUGGUAUUGGAAAGGUGAAGGUGGACAAUCACACUAAAUUCCAGGACAUAGCCAGUGUUGUGGCUCUCACCCAGACGUACACCACCACAGAACCUCUCAUCGACUCCAAGUACGACAUCAGAAUCCAGAAGAUCGGCACCGACUACAAAGCAUACAUGAGAACAUCUAUAUCUGGUAACUGGAAGACCAAUACUGGCUCAGCUAUGCUCGAGCAGGUGGCCAUGACUGACAGGUACAAGCUUUGGGUUGACACCUGCUCUGAGAUUUUCGGAGGUCUGGAUAUAUGUGCGGUCAAAGCUAUCCAUGGGAAAGAUGGCAGGGAUUUCAUCACCGAGGUGGUGGGCUCUUCCAUGCCCCUGGUGGGGGAGCACCAGGCUGAGGACAGGCAGCUUAUUGGUGACAUGGUGCUGGAAAAAAUGAACCAGGCAGCACAGAACGAAGCAAAUGCUCUGCAGAGACCCACCACCAUACAGCCAUCCCAGGGCACUGGCCAGAAGGGAGAGCUUGUUGUUGAACCCACUAAAAACGGCUCCGGGCGCCCGCCUCAAGGUUGUCUGCAGUACAUUCUCGAUUGUAAUGGCGUUGCAGUGGGUCCAAAACCAGUCCAGGCCAACUGAAUCACCCAGUGGAAGGCAGGGAAGUCUCAGAGUCUAGAUAACAACAAUGGCGUUAGUUGAACACAAGCGCAGACGUGUAUGUGUGUGUGGCAUCUGAUAGGUAGAAUCAGAUCUUGAUGACGGGAGCUUGGUCCAGCAGUGUGCUGGCCUGGACUGUGUUUUUAACUCUAUGCAGUGUCAAAAUGUACUGUCUACUUGUGUGUGCUUGUAUAGGUCACCUGUGUUUCAGUAGCUGUGGUUUUUUCCUUUGGGGCUGUUGUUGAUGAUGAAAAAAGCAGAUUGUGCCUACACUGAGUUCAGUGCUGCUCUGUGCUACCUGUUUGACCCAGCUAUGACUCUUUUAUUUGCCCCCUUCCCCCUCCUUUUUCUGUUUCCUAUUUUGGUGUGCACCUUUAGAUAUUGUUCAAACUGUGGACUAUCGUGCAGUUUGAAGUUUGUGUAUAUCUCAAUAUGUAUACAGUACGUGAGUGUGUAUGGCUGUAGUGGUGAUUAUUUUCAUACUUACACUAAUAGAUAUUUAUUUUUGUUUUGCAUGAUGGAUACAAAGGAAGAUGCAAGUCAGUUAUAAUUGUCUGAUCAAGUGGGAUGUUCAUGUAACAUCACUGUUUUGCCCUAAGCUGUGUUCCCUGUGAUUCAUGCAUUGUGAAUGUGUCAUAAGAAAUGCAUAUUAUCUCAUUUACUACAGGAUACAUGUAUUCAUAACCAAACAUGCAUUAACACAGAGACACAUACAAUAGAGACAAACAGUAUGUGGCCUUUCUUAGAGUUCAUCCUUUCAUCUAUAUUGUUACAAUGUCAAGAGAUUAGAGUGAUUUAAGGAUAGAUGGACACAUAAUGAAUAUUAAAAUUAGAUUUAUUACAGAUUUUAUUAUGUAGGAUGUUGUGUCUGCACACACAUCUUUAAUAUAUUUAUAUAAUUUUGAACCAAAGAAUAAAUUAUUUACUUUCAAAUAGUCUUUGCACUCCAGUAACCCACAAUGUAAAUAUCAGCGAAGGGACUGUUAAUACCGCAGUGUGUCACAUGGAGUGUGUAAUUUCACCAGAGAACAGCGCUCUGAGACACCUAUGUUUUUCAAGCAGCGUGUUGUAAAUCACAUACCAGUGAACUGAUGCUGUAUUCUAAUUAUUGUUGUCUUUUUGGUUUGUGUGGAGGCAGACAUUACGGCUGAUAAUGAAGAGGUGUAUAAUGUCUGAUCUGCCAUGUAAUGCCCCACCCCCCUCACUCUGGAUAUUGGCUAGCAUGGUGUUGUUGCCAUGACAACAAUCUGAGGUUUAGUGUGGACUUGUGUUACUGCCAUUCAAAGAUUCAACACUCUUCCUAAGAGCUGAUAGAAAGUGCAAUAUAGAUCUUUGCUUUUUUUUUUUUAACUUAAUAAUGUUUUUAUUUCAAAAUCAGAUCUUCCAUCGAAUUGAUUCAAAAAGCUAUAGUCACCCACAUAUCAAUUGUUUUAAAAAGUUUUCACACAAUAGUCACAAUCACAUGGGUGGUGUCAGGCGGCUUUUGUGGAGGCCAUUUCAUAUAUCUAAUACCCUUAAUGGUGAAACAGCUAAAAAGCAACCAAAUCAACUGUAAAAAGAAAUCUGUGCCGUUUUCCAAUCUUUGUUACUAUAGUAUAAAAUAUGUUCAGCAAGCUCUGUGUGCAAUUUCUUUUCCGAGUUGUAUAAAGUGCCAUUGUAUCUGUGAGCGUAUCCUUGUAAAAGCCAUGCCUGAGGCUUUAUGGGUGUGUUGUUCUGUUGAAUAGGAAUUAUGCCAUGGCGUUGAUUUCCAAGGGAGGAACGUGCAGAGGUACUGUACCCCCGCUGCAUGGUUAGACCUUGGUUCAGUGAUUGUGAUUGAAUAUUUGAUUAAUUAUAACUGGACGUGUUUAUUUGGCCAUUGUGUUGAGGUGAAACUUAUAUCUUCAGACCUGCAGGACUGUAACUAUUAAGGGACAUGGUAACCUGAUAGUAAAUAUGUACUUUAAAAACCGGUGUUGGACUGUUUAAAUCAAGGUCAGAGUACAAUAUAUUGUGGAAAAGUUUCCAUUCUGGAUAUUUCCUCGUCUGUCA